AUGUCUUCAGCAAACUCCAACACCCCCCCAGAAAUCUUCACCACAACAUCUAACUCCCAUAUCGAAGACGAUUUCGCACAAACCAAAGAAGAUUUCGACAUCUCUUCUAUUCCGGAUUCUGAUUCAGAAGAUGGUGUUACAAUUUAUUAUCAAACUCCCGAUCCCAAGAACAUGGCAUCUAUAUCUAACGAUACGCAUCACCAAGCCAAGGAUACCAGUGCUAACUCUGUGUUGGACAAUAAUGUUUCUUUUCAGAAUUUGAAUGGAGAUGAUACACAAGGCCAAGAACUCCUCGAAGCCACUACACCAUUCUGUGCUUUCAUCCCAAGCAGAUUCUCAACUCCUACAACUGAUGAGUUGAUUAAGUAUAUCAAUGAUACUGGUCUCUUGGGAGAUGACCAUGAUGAAUUUGACGAGAAGUCUCCGACUACCUCUCAUCAAAACUCACAAGAGCUCGCGAGAAUCCGAGCAGUGAUCACUCGACAUCGAGUCCCUGGAGCUUCUCACACGGCUCAAAAUUCUCCAGAAGCAGAGCAUCUAGCUCUCACAGAAGUACAAGACACCACAACUCACCUCCCACCAGGCACGCCCCUCAUCCGGGAUUUCGCAAUUCCCUUGUUGCCCUCUAUCCCCAUUCCCAUCCUUCGCCGCCUCUCAACCCCGCAAUCCCACCGCUGUAGAAAUAUCCUCGAAUGCCAAGCUCUACAAUCACAUACAUAUCCCUCAGCCAGCAUCCGCACUAUGUAUCAUUAUCACGAAUUUCAUUUUCGCCAUACAAUUAAUAAUAUCCACACACCCUCUGAUGACAAAGAGGAAGAAGAAUUACAGCGGGAAUUAUCAGCGGGCGAAGAAGCGGAUGAUGAGGAAUAUAUGUAUAUUUCAGGACCUGCACCUGCACCCCCACGAACUCCUAUUUUAGGGAAUCGAGAUCAGAAUAUAGAGGAUUUGGCGAAGAUUGAGGAGAUUGGGGAGAUUGAGAAUGAGGGACUUUUCCAGAUUGUUCCUAGACAUCUCGGGGAAGUACAAUGGCCAAAGGAGAAGGAUCUCACAGACUCGAGAAUCGGCAAAUCGCCUAUCCCCACCAUCAUCCCUCCCCUCACCAUCCCCAUUCAAUCCCUACAACAACUACAACCCCCUCGCAUCAACCCCUGGCCGCUCAUCGCCCUCGCUCACCGCAUCCCCCUCUUCCCAACACACAUCCUGACCACCUCCUCUCUUACCCAACUCUCUCUCUAUGAAAAACAUCUCCAGCACCAAAACGGAUACACCGACUCCCCACUCGAUCAAUGGGCCUUAACGCAACAUCGACUGUUUCUCUGGAUAAAUUCCGGCGCGUUAGAAAAUGGUAUUGAUGGAGAGAUGAGGAGGCCGGGGAGUGCGGAUAUAUUGCUUGGGGAUGAGGUGUAUGACUUUUGUGGGGAGGAGGAGAUUCUUCAUCGGUCGGUGAGUGUAGUUGAUAAAGAGGAGAGGAAGUAUGAGGAUUCAUCUUCAUCUUCAUAUAUCUCAGAAGAAUACGACGCUUCCGACGAGCGAGGCGAAGUCAAAUCCUUAUUUCUCCCCUUACCCCUCCAAAACCAGAAUGAAAACAAAGAUUACGAUCCCCGCCUAGGCAGAGUCGUAAACAUAUUCCGCACGCGAGCUCUCGAACGUCAAGGAAUCACAUAUCAAAAUUCCCCACUUCGCCAACCGAUUAACCAUGCCGUGUUUCGAGAAACUGGGAUCCAAGCUGUGGGUUGUGCGCGUGCGAAUGCGAUGGCGAGGUUUGAGAGGAUUGCGGAGAAUUUUGUGAGGAGUGAGGAAGCUGAGGAGUCUGCUGGAGAUGUUGGACAAUUGGUUUUGAGGCCGGAGAGAGAUUCGGGAUUUGAUGGGGCGGAGGUGCAUAUGAGAGGUGGUGCGGGGGCUGGGGAUUUUUGGGAAAGGGGGGUAAUGUUGUGA